AUGGCUACUAUCUUUCAAAUAGCAGUGGUUUCAUCCCUCGCCGUCAUCUCGAGACAAGUGCAUGCCUUUUCUGUUCUUCCAGCAGCUCCUUCGUCCAUUCUUCGUCAAUCAUCGAAUCAUCAUCAUCAUCCAAACGUGAAUACCGCCCAUGGAACCAUGCAACGGCAAUCUCAACUCUUUGCCGAAAAGAAAAACCCAGUCGAUGAACUGAGCGAAGAACGCAAGGAAAACUUGUUUCAGUUUUUGCUUCGUGAUAUGGAAGUGGAGGGAACUCCAGUCCUUGCCUGUGAUGCCGAUCAAGCUCACACCUUUCAAGGGACCGUUUGGACGGUGAUGGCCCAACUGAGCGAAAACGACAUUGAAAGUAAGGCAUGCAUGGUCCUACAAGAAAUGUCCAUUGACUCCUUGCAAAGUUUUGUCGAUGAUUUUCUUGCCAUCAAGGCCAACGAGCGCCUGAUGGAAUAUCUUCCGGAAUUGGCCAGGUUCAAUGUCACCUUGUUGGGACGAGGUGUUGGACCUGCUCUCGUAGUGGAAACUUCCAAUCGAACGACAGCUGAACUAGAGGCUGUUGCUAAACUUGAAUCAACGUUCUCUGAUCCCAAUGAAUUGACAUGGACGGCAGCCAUGAAGGCCUUUGUGGCUCGUCUUGGAGGGUGGAGCGAGGACAAGGAUGAUCUACCCAAUCCUCAUGCCUAUCGAUUGGCUGGAAGCUGGGAUGUUUGUGAUACUCUAGCCACCUUUUGGGUGUCGGUAUGUGAGCUACUGGCGCAGCCUGAAGAUGUCUUGGGCUCGACCAUUUUGUGCUUGCCUGCUUCCAAAGUUGACUCGGAUGACAGUGACAGUGUGCAACAAGCACGAGCUAGAUUUGCUGCUACGACCGAACUUGUCACAGAAAGUCUGUUCAUGGCCAGAGGACAAGAUUUGUUUGAUGUCUCUUAUUUGCACCCAUUAUAUGAUCGUGACAAUAUUCACUUGGUGGACAACCUUUACGGGCACCUCCCGCUACUGAAGUCGGUACCAGCACUCUUGAAAGAUAGCAGUGCUUACGAUGGCAAUGUUGAUGCGCUGACAGACAAUGAUCUGAAACUGCAAAAUUAUCAACGACGCUCUCCACUUCCGGCGAUAUUCGUUCGACGACAAUCCAAGAAGGCAAAAGAAGACUCGACUGCUGCAGUUUUUGCAAACCUAUCCAAAGAAGGCAAGGAAGCCUUGCAAGAAGCAUUGGAGAAGGAAAUGGAAUUGGUAUGA